AUGGGCAAGCUCCCGAUCCAGCAUAACCAAAUCAACAAUUGCCUAUCAACCAAGCACAAUGAACCGCCUCUACGCUAUCAAGACGAAAGGCUAAGUACGUGGCAACGAUUGAGAGGGAAUAGAGGUAGUCAAGUUGACUCGAGUAAGGAUAAAGGAAAGGAAAAAGUAGAAGAAAGUCCUUUGCCUAAUUCGAAGAAGCGAAAGCAGCCUUCUUUGGACCAUGAAGCUGGACCAAGCAGAACAAAAAUACCAGAAGCAAAGAAGCAAAAAGGAUUCUGGACAAGGGUAGCAGAAGCAGAUUACGAACAUCGUCGCUAUAAUUAUGAAAGACAGAGAGACGAAGAAUUAGCAGAAGCUUUGAUACCUGUAGCAGGGGCGGGCAUAUAUGGCGCCUAUCUGGGUACCAAAGCGAUCGUGAAUGGCGUAAAGAAAGGCUGUAAUGCAGCUUGCAGAGCAGCAAGAAAUCAGGCGACUCGCUUGCGAGAACGAAUCACUGGCACACCUUCAUCAUCGUUAACAAGAAAAAAAUUUCGACAUGAAUUGAAUUCAUCGAAUCGUCGUGAAUUUACAAUGAAAAAUCGUCGAUAUCUUCAAAUUCACCGCAAAAACGGUGCAGGUCCGACGUACGUUGAUCGAGGACGUAAUCGUAAUCCUCAACAUCUUGCACAAAAUAGUGCAACAUAUCAUGCUAAUCGUUCUGCUGCUCGUGUACGGCCUCAAGUAGUACAUCGUCCGCAGUAUUCCUCCUCUAAUCUUUCUACUUCCAGCGAUGGGGCGGAUAAUUCUGCCAGUCAGCAUAAAGGUCGCUCUGCUCACAGUUCAUCUAAUGAUACUUCAUCGGCCAACUCAGCUUCACUUUCUCGAUCCGGCUCGAUAUCAUCACGACGCAGAAGCCCAGGCCACGCCUGA